UAUUUGAUUGAUACAACUAUUAAUAUGUAUGGCUUCUCUGACCCUUUUGUCAUUACAAUCACUUAUGAUGUCAACUGAAAUAGCCAUAUAAUAAACAGAUCUCAGACACAAGCAAAAUGUGUAUUUGACAUGAUCUGUCUUUCGUCCACAUAUCACUAACAUUACUCUUCCAGGUCGUAUUUUCAUAACCUUUAGAUUCAUACUAAAGUAGCAUAUACUAAACCAUCACCUAAUGAGAUUGUCAAUUCAUGUUCUUUCAAGGUCGACUCAGACAGAAGUGGGUCUAUUCGAUCACUUGCCUUCCAAUUUGCGGUAAUGAAGCUGUUAAGAUAUGGCACCUGAGUCCUAACUCAACCCCAAAAGCUAACUCAUGAGGAGAGGUUUGUCAAGUCCACAUAAGAAGACCGAAUUCCCAUUAAGAUGUCCCACAGCGGUAGAGGGAUGGGAAUUCGGUCUUCUUAUGUGGACUUGACAAACCUCUCCUCAUGAGCUAGCUUUUGGGGUUGAGUUAGGUCAUGGUGUCAUAUCUUAACAGAAACGCAUGCAGUAUGAAAUGCAUUUUAGGGUGUGCCACUGAUUCCAUUAGAGUGUGUGUCGAUUUUUACUUCUCUACAAGUAAAUCAUCUACUUAACAUGAGUUCUACCAUUUUACUGGACUUCUAGAGGAGACCUCACAUCUAGUUACAUGUAUUGUGGAUAGUGAGAAUCCAUAUCUUUGACCAUUUUGUUUGACAUUUUUUGUUGGAUCUCAUCCUAGUGCUUUACUAGAGUGACAUAUAAUGAUGUGUUCUUACUCGAAGGUGCUAAGAAGUUUAAGCAAAUUCAAUAUUUUUGAGAUGAAGUUAUGAGACAAGUCUCAAUGAGAAUGUUGACUCUUAGAUUGACAGAGUAGGAGAAAGGCAAACGAUAUCACUAAUAAGUUGGGAUGUUACAUUAUCUCAUUAGUGAUCAUGCUCUUGCUCAAAGUUGUGUACACAGAUAUUGUCAACUACUUGAUAUUCUCUUGAAAUGAUCUCUCCCUCCUACUCUUACUGUAUCUUCUGCACUGAUCAAAUCCCAUAUUAUUCUCAUCACAAAAAAAAAUAAAAAAAUCAUGUCAUGAAGUCCCCACUAGGUUGAAAUCAAACCUAAUUCCCAUUUCUCUACUUUCAUUACCUCACUAUAAAUAAUCAGUAAUCUCAACACUAUAUGGCCAAACAAAACAUAGUUUCAUUUGUCUAAAGCACAACACUUUGGCCUCUUUGCAUAAUUGAGAAUAACACUGCUGCUUGCAGAGGAAAUAUUUUUUGGGUAUUGUUCUCUAACUAGUUUCAAAAAUAUAUAACUCAUCAGUUAACUUAGAAUAUGUUGUCAUUUCAAAUUAUUCUACAUGGAUUUCUUCUCUGGGCUUCCAUGGGUUUCUUGAUGCCUAUUGGGAUUCUUGUAAUAAGAAUGACAAAUAGACAUGAAGAAUGUGGAACAAGGCUAAAAAUCAUUCAUGCUAUUUCACAGAUACUAUCUUUUCUCCUUGUAACAGCAGCAGCAAUCAUGUCAAUAGGAAACUUUGACAACUCUUUCACAAAUAAUCACCAAAGGAUUGGCUUAGCUGUUUAUGCUGCCAUAUGGCUGCAAGCAGUCACUGGGAUUCUUAAGCCUGACAGAGAAAGCAAAGGAAGGAGUAUAUGGUUUUUAGUUCACUGGCUUCUAGGAGUGACAGUUUCUUUACUGGGAAUUAUCAACAUAUAUACAGGUUUACAGUCAUAUUACACAAGAACAAUGAGAAGCACAAGUGUUUGGAACCUGGCUUUUACUGUUGAGAUUGUUGUUAUCCUCUUCAUCUAUCUGCUCCAAGAAAAAUGGGCCCUAUAUAAAGCAAACCAGGAGAGAUUUAGUCAAUGAAACAGCAGCUACAAACGGAUUAAGGAACAUUUUCAACAGAUGAGAAAAAUGAAUUGUCACUUAUGUCAUCAUCACAGCCAUUACAGAUGAACAAAGCAUUUGCCUUUUACUAACAUUGAAUUCUUUCCAACCUUGUCACAGUUUUAGAAACAAAUAUGAGAGUUUUGUGUGCUAUCAAUGUAGAGUGUCAUAUGCAGCAUAUACUACGAGAGAGUGAGUGUACAAUCAAUGUAGAGCAUCAUCUACAGCAUAUAAUAUGAGAUAUCUUGUAUACUAGUAAUGUAGAGCAUCAUAUAGAACCAAACAAACAAUAAGAGAGAUUUAUGUCUACUUUUUUGCCUUCACAUAUUGUCUAAAAUUUGCAACUAGCAAAAAGGAUAACCCUCUGCAUUGGUGAA